GGGUGUUCGUUGAUGCAUGGAAGAAUAGCCUCCAUGGUUGAUGGCUGAAUGGGGAACUGAGCGUUGGAUGUUGACUCAUGACUGUUACAACUGAAGUAAAUGAGAACAUAGACAAAUAAACUUGGAUAUACUCCUUCGCAUGUAGAGAGCUAGCUCAAAAGAUCAGAGUUGAUGACGUACAUGUGCACCAAGUAAUUAACAUGGAAGGCGUUCAGUUACGUCUCCUUCUGGUGGUUUUUGCAUUCAUCUUGUGCGGAUGCAUGAUCUCCGCCCAACUGUGUCCGACUGUCGCCUUACGAUUAGUCAGCAUUAAUACUACCGAAGCCGUCGUGGUAUCCUCAGAUGAAAUAGACAAGCCACCUGCCAACUGCACAUCAGCAACCUUUGAUCUGAAUUUCAUCAUCAAUGAUAUUGGUUUCCUGACGUCCAUAGACAUUCUUGAACUUCGAAGCGACCAUCCAGAUCUGGAGCUAGUGGUUGAGUUUUUUCCAUUUGAUUACGAGUGGCCUAAGUUUGUCGUGCAGGAGAACACAUACAGACGUUUUAUUCUUGGAGCAGAAAACCCGAUGCCCAGAUUGCGUUUGGCGCUCAAUAGGAGAGUUGGGGAGAGUCAUUUAAAUGGCAGUUACAGUUUUCGAGCUCGAGUGUCGUUGACCAGCGAGGCAGAUUGUGGAGAUGACUUUAUUUGCCAGCCGGACUACAGCUUGAAAGUUUGCCUUCACCCCAGCGCGGUAUGUGAUGGUCAAGUUCACUGCGACAUGGAUUACUCCGACGAAAUUAACUGCGAUUAUUGCGGACGGACAAACUUUGACCUCGAGAUCAACAAAGAGGUCAGCAUUCAGAACCCAGACGUCACAUCGUAUAUUUGUGUUUGGCAGUUCAAAGCACCACCCUCAAGCCGGAUGCUACUACAGUUUUCUACCUAUGACUUAGUGUACUCGUCUGUUUUCGUAGUCUCUUUAUCAAACGUUACCGUUGAUGAUGCUUUAAACAGUUAUGGCAUGAGCAUUCCCGAUUAUAUCGUCUUUUAUCCAGAGGGAAAUAUGGGCGGACCAAGUGUCCCCAGAGACAGGGCAGUGAGAAAUGAGUCUAUUUGGGUGAUGCUUGCGCACGCCAACCACGAGGAUCGUCAGUCAUCGUCGUCGUCGGUCUUUAGUCUACAUGUAACGGCACUAAAUGAAAGUGUCACGUGUAGCGGAGAUGAGUUUCUAUGCGACACUGGCAUUCAGUGUGUAUCGAACAAUGCGAGAUGUGAUGGUCUGCCCAACUGCGAUGACUAUUCUGAUGAGAUAGGGUGCAGUGAUAUGUGCCAACCCAUGGAGUUUGCGUGUAAGCAUUAUAGUGUGACUGAGUUUUGGCUGUGUUCCUCUCCAAUCAUCAUUUGUGAUGGCAUGAAGCAAUGCAACAAUCUGCAGGAUGAAAUUGGUUGUGCCCCAUCAUGUGGGAGUCACGUCAUUCAACUACAACAAGAUCAAACCCAUCAGCUGCUUUCUCCAAAUGCUCCAGCUUCAUAUUCUAACAACACCAACUGCGUCUGGUUCAUCACGGCGCCUCAAGGAACUGCAGUUUUAAUCCAAACGGUGAAGUUUAACAUCUACGAUGCUAUUCUAAUGGUUGGAAAUGGUCGACUGGUCGACCAGACUCGUAUUAUUUGGGAAAGGACGGGAGGGACAGCACCCCUAACUGCUUCAUCAGAGGGGAACAAAGUCUGGGCGACCUUGGAGGUUAAAAGAAAUUAUCUUGUCGAUGAUGCUCACUUCAUUCUGGAAUUAUCAGUACUUGAUCAGUUAGUGAACUGUUCUGGUGAAUACGAAGUCGCAUGUAGGAGCGGGUACCAGUGUAUCAACGAAUCUAAUGUAUGUGAUGGCAUCUUUCAUUGCUGGGAUAAAUCUGAUGAGCUAUCAUGUGGUCAGUGUGACUCCGGCCUACAGUGUGAAACAACUGGGGACCAAGGCUGUCUUCCGGAGAGGUAUAUCUGUGAUGGAGAAUUUCACUGCCAAGACUUUGUUGACGAGAUAUCAUGCUCAAGUUCAUUUUGUGGAAGUGAGAGAUAUAUCAGUCUUGAAGACUAUCCAGAUAACACGUAUAACAUUUCAUCCCUUGAAACGGGAUUUCCACCACAAACUGCCUGUCUCUGGAUAUUCACCGCAAGGCCCGGAUACAGGAUUCUUCUCGACGUGAAACACCAGAACUUAACCGAUGUCACCAUUACGACUGUAGGGAGUGGCGUAGAUCCAACAAUUGAGUCAUCUCAGCUGGGGUCUUUUGGCGGGUAUUCACCACCGCUGUCGAUCGCCUCCCUUGAAAACUCAAUGUGGGUGACUUUCCAUGUUGUAUUCAUUGUAGGAGGGCAAGGAGGACCAUUGUGGUAUCAAGUAAGCGAGUACGACGACUCCAUCCCCUGUGAGGAAGGACAGUUUAAGUGUGAGAGGUCUAGUCUGUGCAUACCUGCUCGCUUCCAGUGUGAUGGCAUCGCUAACUGUGCAGACCUCAGCGAUGAGAUAGGUUGUGAUAUCUGCAACGGUCAAUCAACAAUCAAUAUUACCGACAACCAAGUUCAUAUUUUGCAAGCCAACAUCGAGGAAGACUCGAUCAAAUUUCCCAACGGCAAAUUGUGUAUUUGGCACAUUUUGGCGUCCGUGGGACACCGCAUACAACUCACCAUCGUUGAACUGGACUUGAAUGUAUUUGGAACAGACUUCGUUUUCAGCGACGGGACUCGGUUUACAACAGGCGGGGACAGCUUCUACCAGAAAAAUGUUGGAGUUUCAACGAUAGCUGUAACGUCGAAAACAAACAAUAUGCUGGUGUUAUUAUUGCCCACUUCCAGCUACAGCACUCGGUUUACCGUGGAACUGGAGCAGUUUGAACAAUUGGAAUGUGGGGAGGGUGAUGUUGUCUGUCCGUCUGGCCUGGCUUGCAUACCUGAACAUGAGGUGUGUGACGGUACACCACAGUGCCCGCUACUAGGCGAUGAGGUCGGCUGCGGUAAUUGCAGCAGUGAGGAUUACCGGUGCGACGAUGUAUGUAUUAGCCGAAUGCAAAGAUGCAAUGGACUCCAAGAAUGCACAGACUUUUCAGACGAGUAUAAUUGUUUGCCAUGUGGGAAAACUGAAAUUGAGUUGCAGAACGGAACACAAACUUCGUCGCUCUUGUUAUCACCAAAUUAUCCUGAGAACUAUCCGAAUGAUCUUGCGUGCUUCUGGCGCAUCACCGCCGACGCAGACGCAGUAAUUUCCAUUGAAUUUUCCCUCCUGGAUUUGGAGCAAAACUACGACAACCUCAUCAUUGGCAACGGGGCCCAUGCCAGCGACGAGGCUUCCACCAUUGUGACGUUAACGGGCAAGUUCAGCAGCGUCCGUGUCCUGACACAAACUUCAGAAGCCUGGUCGCAUUUCAAAAGUGAUGGAUCUAUAGCCAAACAGGGAUUUUCAUGCACGAUAUCGCAAAUAAAUCCCAACGGAACAGGUGUUUGUCGAAGCGAUGAGUUUUCUUGCGGGGAAACUACAGGUGGCACUGUCUGUCUUGGCAUGGAGGAAGUGUGCAAUGGUUAUGCUAUUUGUAAAGAUCAAUCUGAUGAGUUGAAUUGUGCUAUUGGCAACUGUGGAGGCCAGGUUAUUCGUGUCUUCGACGAGCAAGUCAAUUUAACCUCUCCUGCGUUUCCAACCCAGUACCCGUCGGAUACUUUCUGCACCUGGCAAAUCAUUCAAGGCUGGCCAGCUCCACUGAUCUUUAGAGUUGUGGAGUUCGCUCUCGAAGACGGAUAUGAUUUCGUAACAUUUAGCAUCGGGGACUCCCCUGGUUUAAUAGAAGUGUUCACACUUACUGGUACAAAUUCCAAGAUUAAGAGUCUUGUCUUUGAAGCCUCUGUCUGGGUAACAUUCAUCAGUGACUCGUCGGUGGCUUUUCGGGGAUUCUACUUCUUGAUAUAUCAUCUCGAUGAAGAUUAUGAAGCUUGCCAGUAUGACGAAUUUGAUUGUGGCAAUGGGCUCUGCAUCGACUUGGCCGCCGAAUGCAACGGUUUCAACGAUUGCCGAAAUAACCGAGACGAGUAUGAUUGCGAUGAUGUUAUGUGUCCCGGUGCAUACAAGUGUGACAAGCCUUUUGUGUCGUCUGAUUUGCCUGUUUCAUCAUCGUCCACGUAUUCAUCGCCCGGGGUAUCCAUGCCGUCGACACAGGGCUCCGGUUCAGGUAGCAUUUCUUUCUCGUCAUCCUCCUCGCCAUCACAAGAUGGUUACGGCAGCUCUCGAUGCGUAUCUGCAGCGAAGGUCUGCGAUGGCAAUUUCGAUUGCCCUGCGAUUGACGAUGAAACUGAAUGCGAUGUAAAAAAGUGUCCUCCCGAUUGCGAAUGUAACUACCGAGAGGGUGAUUUGAACGUCACAUGCGCAAAUGGAUGGAACAGCAACAGCACACUUUUGUCAGGAGUCGCCGUGACCACAAAGUUGCUGCAACUAUCUGGAGUAAACAUAUCUUCGCUUGAACCAGGAACUUUUAAGGCAUUGAGGAAUCUUAAAGUGCUGUCUUUGAAGAACAACCUUAUAUCUGAAAUAAAACAAAGCACAUUUGCGAGUCUGGACUACUUAUUGUGGUUAGAUCUGUCCAACACGUCGCUGGUUGAGCUGCAAGAGAAUACAUUUCUAGGAAUGCCCAGCCUAAAGGGGAUAACCAUCUUUGAUGUUCCACUGGAAACAGUUCGAGAUCAUGCAUUUCUUGGACUAAGUCAAUUGGAUACUUUAAUUCUUGUGCGCCAAGACAACAAUUUACCACGACUGAAGUUUGAACAUAAAGCAUUUGACGGUCUUGUGAAUCUUAAAAGCUUGUACGUAGAUGAUCACCGUAUUUGCUGUUUCUUCAAAGAUAAAAACGUUGAAUGCAAGACGCUAGAACCGGAACCUCCCUUGUUCAUGUGCAGCAAUCUCAUGCCAAACCUCGUCUUAAAAAUCUUCAUGUGGAUCUUGGGGAUAAGCGCCCUCGUCGGCAACAUCUUCGUCAUGAUCUGGAGAUGCCGCGAAGAGACAGCAGGUCGAGAUAGUCGGAAAGUUCACUCGCUUCUCGUGUUUAACCUCGCCGCCUCCGAUUCUCUUAUGGGCUUGUACAUGAUGAUCAUUGCAAUUGCAGAUGUGCAUUUCGGUAACACUUAUUUCGAGCAAUCUUCGGAGUGGCAAACAAGUGUCCCUUGCAGGUUAGCUGGCUUUAUUUCCAUUGUUGCGAGCGAAGCUUCGGUGUUUUUCUUGACUCUUAUUAGCAUCGAUCGAUUCCUCUCCAUCGUAUUCCCUUUUAGCAGGAGACACAUUCGUCCCCAGAUGGGUCGCAUUAUUUCCGCUUUGAUAUGGAUUUGCACCCUGAUUGUCGGCGUGGUUCCCACCAUACUUGCUUUUGAUUCGAGCUCAGAUUUAUAUGGCCUCUCUGACGUAUGCAUUGGGUUACCACUGAUGACGAAAGUGGCGCGAUAUGAGACAAGAAGCCAGACAAUUGAUGCGGGUGGAGUCGCCAACAUAACCGUUGAAAUACCAUACGCUGCUGAAUAUCGCGCCUCUUGGUUUUUCUCUAUCGCGCUUUUUCUUGGCGUCAACCUGCUCUGUUUCGCUGUGAUUCUCAUAUGCUAUAUAUGCAUAUUUGUUAGCGUCAAGAUGUCAAUGAAGCGAGUUCGACGUCACAAAAGUAGGGACGAUGAAGUUCGCAUGGCAAUCAAAAUGGCGGCAAUAGUCAUGACUGAUUUCAUCUGUUGGAUACCAGUGAUAGUCAUGGGUAUCCUGUCUCAAAGUCGCAUCGUGGAGAUACCACCAGAAACCUACGCCUGGGUUGUCGUCUUCAUCCUUCCCAUAAACUCCUCCCUCAAUCCGUACCUCUACACCAUCUCAGAUCUUUGCUCCCAGCGCCGACGUUCUGCUUCAACCCGGAAGAGGGACACCUCCAAAUUGUCAAAUACCGAGAACAAAAAUAGCAACUCUAUGGAUACUGUUUUUACUAUUGAUGUUGCGACGAGCAAACACGAGUAACUAAUAUUGUUUAAACAAUUGUGCAAAAAUUUAGCCUCUGUGUUAACCUUCCAUUGAUCGGGUCCCAAUUUUAUAGAACUGCUUUCGCACAAAACAAUGCUCAGCAGGUUGGGAGCAAGACUUAUCAGGAUACAAGCCACAGAUUGUACAUGGUAGUUUGGCUGUUCUUACUGUGGUUUGUGGUUACAAACCUUUUUGUGUCAUCUAUUUCUGAAGCUGCUCUAUGAAAUAGGUUCCUUCUAUCAUUUUGCAAAUUCUAAAAAUUAAUUGUUUGGUUUAAAGGCAGUGGACACUACUGGUAAUUACUCAAAAUAAUUAUUAGCAUGAAAC